GAAGUGGGGCGGUGCGCGGCAGCAUGGCGGUGGGGUGGGGGCGCCCGCCGGCCGCUACCGCCCUCAUGUUGUUGCUUUCGCUCGUUGCUUCCGCACCGGGGCUGCUGCGGGGAGCGCCCGCCGCCCGCUCCGCCGCCUCGCUGCGGGCCGUCGCCGUGUGGGCGGGGGAAGUUCACAGGUUAAUUACCUACAUCUUUGUCUAUGAAGACCUGAUAUCCUUGACUUGCGGUGCCAUUAUCAUCUGGUAUUUUGCUGGAAGCUUUGAGAAGAACGUUGGCACUGUGAAGCACUGUGUCCUCAUCGUUGCGUUUGCCGUCCUCUCUGCCCUCCUGUACCUCUUACUGGAGAUCAUUGUCUCAAGGGUGUCAGAGGUGGAAGAUGCCAAAGGAUUCAUGCCAGUAGCUUUUGCUAUGUUGGGUGUGUCCACCACGCGCUCACGGAUGAAGAGGACUCUGUUUUUUGGGGUUAGGGUUCCAAUGGUGCUGGUGCCAUGGUUUAUGCUCUGCAUAGCGUGGUUCAUCCCCCACUCUUCUCUCUUGAGUAACCUGUGUGGGCUCCUAGCUGGGGAAGCCUAUGGUCUUGGCUACUGUUUCUGCUUGGAUUUUCCAGAGUCGGUGGGCUCUAAGCUGGACCGGUUGUUCCCUUUCAGCCUGCUAAAGAGGAUACCAGGGCUGAAGUAUAUCCCAGGGUCCUUGGCAGAGAGAAGAGCCUUUGAAAACAGCAAGAUUAACCCCGCACCGGGCGCUUAUCCCACCCAAAGCUACUCCUACUCCUCACCUCUGGCUCUUCCCGCUUUCCAGAUGCAGCAGCUCAGUGCACAGAGCCAGGGGCUCCAUCCCAGCUGCGCUCUGGGACACGAGGGAUCUCAGCAGGGCUGUGCUGCAGGACACAACCUCUUUUCUUCCCCCUACAAAGCCAGAGGUGCCUUCAGAGAACAUUUCGUGCAGGUCCACACCGGAGCAUCACCUGGACAGUGCUGCCAGUCAGUCAAGUUCUCUCCCCCACAGCACGUGUACGCGACCGAUCCACAGACACCCACAGGCAUGGGCCCCUCGGCUGGGGUGCAGCCAGCAGCAGGCUAUCCCGCAGCUGCAGUGGCUCCUGUUUCAGUGGAAUUUUCGAGAGUCCAGAUGUACUGAUCCUCCAGAAAGCAGCAGGACUCUCAUACUGCAGCAGGACCGUUGUGUGAUGCUCGUGCAGCAGCGCAUCGCUGAUGUCUUUGCAGUAUCUGGAAUGGAUUGGGAGCUCCAGUGUUGGCCAUUCCCCUGCUCCCUGGUGCAGGCUACUUUAAUUGUAUUUCCUUUAUUAUUUUUUUUCUACUUUUUGAGACUGUUGGGGGGAUGGGGACUUUAUCACCUCUGUGCACUUCUCAUCCUCUUGGGAUGUUUUUUCACUGCUCUGUUUAGCAGCUGCAUUCUCCUGCACUGCCACUAGAAUUUCAGUGCAUCAGCUCCCUGACUCAAGCUAGGAACUUAAUUGUCAAAGCACUGGACUAAUCUGGGGUUUAACUAGGCUGCAGCAAGAAGGAUACGUCUCAUCUACGCUGAGGCUCUGAGUCUCCUAUCUUGUUUACAGGUAUGACAUAGCUAUGACCCAAAAGAGAUUGAAAUCUUGGAAACCUUAGUUUAUAAUUUAAUAUUUGAGUGGAGAAGGACAGAUGUCUGCUUUGCUAGUGACUUCUCCCCUAAGAGUGUGCCUUGAAGGAAGCUUGUUAAACCAGGGCUGGGGCAAGAUGGCAGAAUACAGAACACCCUUUUCUGCCCCCAAAAACACAGCUCUUAAAUGCUGAAUGUCCUUCUUAGCUGCACUCUGUACAUAUGUCACCAUGUUUCCUUCAUUUUCUGAUAGUCCUGCACUAACUCAGCCUGUGUUGUCAGCACUUGUCGAUAAGACAACCUCAGCUGCAUGCAAAAUAGUGAAAGAUUCUUCAAUAAGGGAUUUUGACCAUUUGUGGACCAAAUCUAUAUAAAUCCAAGGAGCUGGGAGAGACCUUAACAGUGGGUUAGAAUAAUUAACUAGAAUCUAGCAAUGCCAUUGGGGGUGUUCCCACUGCUCAGCUUUAGAUAUCUCACCCACCAAUAUUGGCACAAUCUGUCUCUGUUUCCUUCAGAGCUGGUGGGAAGGUGUGUGGGAGAGGGGAGUUUUCAGCCAGGGAUUCAGGGCAGGAUGCAGCGUUUGGUGCCUGUGGUAGUAACAGAGGAGUUUGGUUGAGUUGGUGGGAUUUGAACUUCAUUUCCAGCUGUGUAGCUGCUUUACUGUGCCGUAACUAGGAGGAACCUGCUAUCUUUGGGUCUGUAAAGCAGCCAGGAUCUCAACUAUUGACACUGACUCUUUGCUUAGAGUUUUGUUGUGGUUUCCCCCCCAAAAAAGUGCUACAUGAAGCCUGAAGUGCCAUUACUGCUCUUGGAGAUGUUCUUGCAGUGCCUAACCUGAAACCACAAUCACCUCGGGGCUUUUCUGUGCUGUCACAGGCAGCAUUGGCAGCUGUGUGCUCCAAAGCACGUACGUGGCUCUUUUUUCCCCUUUUCGGUGUCUGAAGAAGCCCUGUGUUGCCAUACAGCCGCUGGCCUCUCCAGCAGCCCUUCUGGGUGACAGCCACAGAUACAUGUGGCUUCCCAGGGACUUGCUUUGGGGCAAGAGCAAAGGGAAUGCUGAGGACUUAGACCUCGAUUCACCUUGGUAAGAAGCUCUGCUCACAAAGGUAGGCACCCCAGGCAGCACCUUUCUGCAGGAGGAUGCAGCAAUUUUGGGAACCAGCCCAGAGCUGGUGGGACGUGUGGAGUUGGUGGCUUCUUCGAUCUUGUCCCUGAUCGUUUCACUCCUCUGUGGGAUCACAAAUAGACUUGGCCUCGUGGUCCCAUCUUUCCUGACCUGCUACACAGCAAUUGCAUUGUUAUGUGUUUAGUGCAGAGCGAGAACAGGAUGAGAUGCUUCUUUGGAACUUAAAAGUAUGUUUUUAAUACCAGGAAAGAAAUGCUGGAGAUAACAUUGCAGUGUUGAUGCUCCACUCUCAUUAGUGCCUUGAUUUUCCUCCUUGUGUGAUCUUUGUCUGUAAACCCAGGAAUUUUAUUACUUGUUUUUUUUUUCCCCCGGAAACAUGCAGAAGGGUGAUGAGAACCGGUAGCAAUCGUAAUGUUUUAUACCCGUAUACCAGGCACCUUUCUGUCACUUCCAGUGUGUUGUACCUGUGUUCAGUGGCCUUCGGAUGGGCGUUUGUAAAGUUUGUGUUUGUUUGUUUCUAGUGAAGUCUUUUCUCUGCCUUUCCUGAGGGAAAUGCUGAAACGCUGUUGUAUAAGUCAGCUGUGGACCUUCUGCUUCUCCAGCAGUGGAGUCCAACCAAGUCCCAGUUUCCCAGGGCUGGUAGCAAACCCAGAACUCCUCACCCAGUGAAGGGAAAUUGCUGGGAGAGAAGGGGAUGGGAUGAGGCAUUUGCAAACAUGUCUGAGGCUGAAAAGAGGAAUUAAAUUAGUAAGAGAAACCUAAAAAUCAUCAGCUCGCUGGGCUUUGCUAUUUGUCUAAUGAAGCUCACAGGUUACUGAUGGCAUGUUGCAAUACCAGGUUCUUUCCUUGGAGGGGAGACAGAGAAUUGAAGUUCUAAAGCAGUGGGGGCUGGGGGGGGAAUCAAUAAACCCUGGUUCAGCCUGGGAUGGCUGCUUCUGGGGAACGUGCUGUCUCUGA